UUGCUGUUGUGUUGUGUGAUGAAGAGCGGGAUGAUGAUGAUGAUGGGCACUGAUAAUGGGUCGAUACGUGUACUUUCCCUUAAAAUGCUUCACCUCCCACCUGCCACCAGCAGGUUAACCGAUACCGGUACAGGGGUAGAUCAGCACUUUUCACCACCGUUGGCGCGUUAGUACACAGCGGGAAGUUGUACGGGCAGGAACGGUUUUGCUUUGCUGCGCGAUGGUUCACGCGAGUAGACGAUAAGCAAAGGUGUGUAAUCGUGGAGAAGAGAAGGCAUACAUUGGCCUGCUUCUUUCGGUGAACAGAUGUGUGUGAAGUGCUGUAAGCGAUAAGGUUUUGCGUUACCGAGAAAGUUCUAAGUACUAAGACUAAGAAUAAGCAAUUAGAAUUCGUGUGUAUGGAUAAUCAAAAUGGAUGCUAAAGGUGCAUCGUAAGAAGCGUGCAAUGCGUGUGAUAUCUUGGGAAAAGGUAUGACCUCCAAUCGUUGUACUAUAUUGCGUGAUACCUGUUACGCUGUGAGUACCUGUGUUUUGGGACCAUCUUAUUAUCAAAUCAGAAAGUUGCUGACCUCUGCUUUGAAACAAACGGCGACAUCGUAGAGCAUCUUGAAUAACAAACUCAUAAAACAAGGUCACUUUUCGCGCACUUUUAACACCGUGUCGCAAGAGCACCGUCGGCCAUUCGGUUGUGGGUGACCGAAUCGCACGCAGGACCGCAGGUUUGCGUUAUAUUUUGCAUCACCACAACACACCGAUCAUGCUGCUGAUCGAUUGCUUCCGUCGGCCGUCGCACGAGCUGCAGGCGCGGAAGAAGCAAUCCUCCAAGGAGGUGGUCCAGAUGCGCAAGCUGUACCGCGACCCGGUCAAGGUGCUGCUGCUCGGCGCGGGCGAGUCGGGCAAAACCACCAUCAUCAAGCAGAUGCGCAUCCUGCACAUACAGAACAGCUACAGCUUUGAUGAACGGCUGGAGAAGCUGUCGGACAUCUACGAGAACAUACACGAGUCGAUCUACGAGCUGGUGCGGCAGGUCGUACUGCUCGAGCUGGAGUUCGACUCGAUCGCCAAUCAACGGUGCGCGGAGUACAUCCUCCGGAUGGGUCCCCAGGCGCCCUGGAAUCUCUCGGCCGAGUACGUCCGGUGCGUACGACGUCUCUGGUCGGAUGCCGGUGUGAAGCGGUGUUACAAACGCUCGAACGAAUUUCAACUGAUCGACAGUGCGAAGUACUUUCUCGAUCGCGUGGAAAAGAUCUCAAUGCCCGGGUACAUCCCGACGAACGGGGACAUCCUAAACUGCCGCAAAACGACGACGGGUAUACAGGAGGUGCGGUUUAACGUGCGCAUGCCCGGCUCGCUCGGCGGCGGUACGCAGGAGUUCCGCAUGUUCGAUGUCGGCGGGCAGCGGCACCACCGCAGCAAGUGGAUGCAGGCGUUCGAGGGCGUGCAGGCCGUGCUGUUCCUGAUCUCGUGCGGUGGGUUCGACCAGACGUUGCGCGAAGACCCGAAACAGAACCGGCUGGCGGAGGGGUUCGAGCUGUUCCGGGGCGUCUGGCACAAUCGCUUCCUGGCGGAGACGGGCGUGAUUGUGUUCAUGAACAAGCAGGACGUGCUGGAGCAGAAGCUGCUGGCGGGCCAAUCGAUCCGGACGUACUUCCCCGACUACGACGACUACGUGGCGUUCGCGGACAAGGACCAGCUGUACGAUGAGCUGACGCGGACGCGCUCCUUCAUCCGGUCGAAGCUGGUGGACAUUACAAACGAACCACCGCGAAGAACGUCGCAUCUUGUGGGGCGCAAACGGACCUGCUACUUCCACUUCACCAUCGCCACGGACACGCAGAACGUGCGCACCGUUUUCAACGAUGUGCACAACAUCAUACUGACGAAAAACCUUUCCAAGAUGGAUUUACUUUAAGUGGAAAGCAGCGGUUGUAGUAUGUGGCGCAGCUGUUACGUUAUGGAAAAAUUAUUUAUUGCGUGUUUUUUGCGUUGGAUUAAGCGUACGUUCCCAUCGGUCAGAGUCCAUGUGCUGUGUAGUGCCUAUUUUUGUAUGUAAAUUCUGUUUAAAUAUACUUUUUUGUACCGUUGUGAUUGUAAAACAAUAAAA